GCUGGCAGGCGUGCCGCGGCCGCCAGUUUGCCAAGUCGGCUGCCGACGAGAUGGAAGGACCGGGACUGAACUCACAGUGCAGGAAUCACAGCCACAGUUCCCACCCUCCAGGAUUUGGCCGACAUGGCACCUGCACGCAGGAAAACAAAGAACUUGUGAAGGCGAGAGAGAUUCUUCCUCUUAUAGAGGACUGUAGUAACUGUGACAUUGUAAAAGCAACUCAGUAUGGGAUUUUUGAACGAUGUAAAGAGUUAGUAGAUGCAGGAUAUGACGUCAGGCAACCAGACAAAGAGAAUGUUUCCCUCCUUCAUUGGGCUGCUAUUAACAACAGACUGGAUCUUGUAAGAUUUUAUAUUUCAAGAGGUGCUGUUGUAGAUCAGUUGGGUGGAGAUUUAAAUUCAACUCCUCUUCACUGGGCCAUCCGACAAGGACAUUUACCUAUGGUUAUAUUAUUAAUUCAGCAUGGUGCAGAUCCUGCUCUCAUUGAUGGAGAAGGCUUCAGCAGUAUUCAUCUGGCAGUUUUAUUUCAACACAUGCCAAUUAUAGCUUAUCUCAUCUCAAAGGGACAGAGCGUGAAUAUGACAGAUGUCAAUGGACAGACACCUCUCAUGUUAUCAGCUCACAAAGUAAUUGGCCCAGAACCCACUGGAUUUCUGUUAAAAUUCAACCCUUCACUCAGUGUGGUUGACAAAAUCCACCAGAAUACUCCACUUCACUGGGCAGUUGCAUCAGGAAAUGUGAAUGCAGUUGAUAAACUUUUGGAAGCUGGUUCCAGUUUGGAUAUCCGAAAUGUUAAGGGAGAAACACCUCUUGAUGUGGCUCUGCAAAACAAGAAUCGACUCAUUAUUCACAUGCUGAAAACAGAAGCCAAAAUGAGAGCCAAACAAAAGUUCAGAGUCUGGAGGUGGCUGCAGAAAUGUGAGCUGUUCCUGAUGCUGAUGCUUUCUGUGAUAACCAUGUGGACUGUUGGAUACAUAUUGGAUCACAGUUCAGACUCAUGGCUUUUAAAAGGAUGUCUUCUAGUAACAUUGUUUUUUCUGACAUCUUUGUUUCCAAGGUUCCUGGUCGGAUAUAAAAACCUUGUGUACUUACCGACAGUCUUUCUCCUAAGUUCCAUUUUUUGGAUAUUUAUGACGUGGUUCAACUUGUUCUUUCCUGAUUUAGCAGGCACCCCUUUCUAUUUCAUUUUCAUUUUUAGCAUUUUAGCCUUUUUGUACUUCUUCUACAAGACUUGGGCAACCGAUCCAGGUUUCACUAAGACUUCUGAAGAAGAAAGGAAAGUGAAUAUCAUCACCCUUGCAGAAAGUGGCUGUCUGGACUUCAGAACAUUUUGUACCUCCUGUCUUAUACGGAAGCCAUUAAGGUCACUCCACUGCCAUGUGUGCAAUUCCUGUGUAGCUCGAUAUGAUCAACACUGCCUGUGGACUGGGCGAUGCAUAGGUUUUGGCAACCAUCACUAUUACAUAUUCUUCUUGCUUUUCCUUUCCGUAGUGUGUGACUGGAUUAUAUAUGGAUCUUUUGUGUAUUGGUCAAAUCAUUGUGCCACAACAUUCAAAGAAGAUGGACUAUGGACCUACCUCAGUCAGAUUGUUGCCUGUUCUCCUUGGGUUGUAUAUAUCUUCAUGCUAGCAGCUUUCCAUUUCUCGUGGUCAACAUUCUUAUUAGUAAAUCAACUCUUUCAGAUUGCUUUCCUGGGCCUGACUUCCCAUGAGAGAAUAAGCCUGCUAAAGCAAAGCAGGCACAUGAAGCAGACCUUGUCCCUCCGGAAGACACCAUACAACCUUGGAUUCACACAGAACCUGGCAGAUUUCUUUCGUUGUGGCUGCUUUGGCCUGGUGAGGCCUUCUGUGGUAGAUUGGACAUCACAGUACACUAUGGUCUUUCACCCAGCCAAGGAGAAAGUUCUGCGCUCAGUCUGAAGAAAAGCAACUGAGAACUCUCGCUUCGAUCUGUUCUUGUUGUUGAUGCACUGAAAUGCAGAUUUAGAAUUCACCUAAACUCAAAGGGGAACACCAGAGGUUUUUAAAGAAAUUUGGAAAAAAACAAACAGAACAGGAAGUUCCUAAUAAAGGUGUAAACCUGAUUCAGAAGGAUGAACUGUUCCCAAGCAUGGCAGACAUCUGAGAAGAACUUUUAUAUUUUUCACAAGAAAAUAUAACGUACCCUUUCUGAGGACAAUAUUCACUAAUUAUGGAUAAAAUGGAGUAUUUUCAUGUACUGUAUUGGCUGCUUCAAAAUGAUACUGCUCUUUGAACUUGCAAUUUUUGAUAAGUUAUUUGUCUUUGUUCUGUCUAUAUAUGUGUAAAUAUUUAAAUAGAUGUACUGGUUUUGCUUUCACAUAUAAUAAA